AUGACUUUAUCAGUCUUCAAAUCCAUAAAUUCUCCAACAUUCCACCUCUCCACAGCACUUGGCUUCUCUCGUUGCCCUCUGGUUGCCACCCGCUGGAGUGUCUCUCCUCCGAAUAUGUCUUCAACAUCUCUUCCUUUCGCUUCUCUCACUAUCUCCGCUGAUUCUGAAAAUGCAGGUAAGAAGGAAGUUGUGGCUACAGAGAAAGCACCAGCUGCUUUGGGACCAUACUCUCAGGCUAUCAAAGCUAAUAAUCUUGUGUUCCUCUCUGGUGUUCUUGGACUUAUACCUGAGACUGGAAAGUUCGUUUCAGACAGCGUUGAGGAUCAAACAGAGCAGGUACUCAAGAACAUGGGGGAGAUAUUGAAAGCUAGUGGUGCUGAUUACUCCUCCGUGGUGAAGACAACAAUCAUGUACAUUUUGCUCAACGUAAUCAUUUAUCCAUUUGAGUUUUUUGAAUCUAAUAUCUUUAGGAUUUUUUUAUGUCACAGGCUUGCUGACUUGGGUGACUUCAAGAAAGUGAACGAGAUAUACGCCAAAUACUUUCCAGCUCCUUCUCCAGCACGAUCGACAUAUCAAGUCGCAGCUUUGCCUCUAAACGCCAAGAUCGAGAUCGAAUGUAUUGCAACACUCUAG